AUGCCCUCCAUUUUCGCCUGGCUUCGGCGGGUCUACUCGCUAGACACCCUUGACACUCGUUUUACCUCUUCCGCAACCCCUGCCCACGCCAACACACGACCUUCAAAAGAUGCCCGCGCCAAUGCAAUCGCCCAGGGCGCGUCACCUUCACUUUGGCGCACACCAGAAUUCUUUGUCUACUACUUGUUCUUUAUUAUUCUUGUCCCAUUGAUGUUUAAAACUGUCAUCGAUGUCUCGAAGGAAAGCCACCCCAUCUACUCCACAUACUCUCACCUUCUAUCCCCCGGUUGGAUCCCUGGUCGUCAGGUGGACAACUCCGAUGCACAAUAUGAAAGCUUUCGCGACAAUAUCCCUUCACUCCUACUACUCCUAAUCGCCCAUCCUUUGGCUCGCCGUGCUUAUCAGUUGUACGUGAAUCACUCGAACGUCGAAACAAAACAACCAAACCAUUCCGUGAUUGCUGCGGGCGAGGCGCAACUUGAACAGCGAAUGCGCUUCGACUUUUGGUUCGGACUGGUCUUCAUAGUAGCGCUUCACGGAGUAUCCGCCUUCAAGGUGUUAUUCAUUUUGUAUAUCAACUUCCGAAUCGGCAAGGUUGUUCCGCGUUCCUACGUGCCUACCGCCACAUGGAUCUUCAACCUCGGCAUCCUGUUUGCCAACGAAUUAAGCGGUGGUUACUCCCUUGAGCGGAUAGCGAAGGUGUUCGCGCCGGGUUCUGGAACGUCAGAAGAUGGCACCACCUCACUAGUCCAAUGGGCUCAGACUCUAGAUGAUCUUGGGGGAUUGAUGCCGCGAUGGGAGGUCCUUUUCAAGGUCACGGUGUUGCGCCUCAUCAGUUUCAACAUGGAUAACCACUGGAGUGUAGACUACCCUGCGGCAAGUCCAAUUGAAGUAAGUCUUUCCGUGUUGGUAGCCGUCAAGUCCCAUAUGACAAUCAAACUUACCGAGUUCUACAAGAAGAAGCAACUAGACCCUGCGAACCUCUCUGACCGUGACCGGGUCAAGAUCCCCGCAGAACCAGCUGCUUUUACGUUCCGCAACUACAUCGCCUAUGUGCUCUACUCACCUUUGUACCUGGCCGGUCCGAUCUUGACAUUCAAUGACUACGUAUCUCAACAGCGAUACACAUCGGCGUCACUCACUCGAACUCGCACCACGAUGUACGCCAUCCGUUUUGGUCUCACCCUGCUCUGCAUGGAGCUUAUACUCCACUAUAUUUAUGCACUGAGUAUGCUUGCCUUCUUCAACCUGCACAUAAUCUGGCUGAAACUCCUCAUUCCCUGGCGAUUCUUCCGUCUUUGGGCCCUCGUAGACGGGAUUGACCCACCAGAAAACAUGGUCCGCUGCAUGUCCAACAACUACUCCGCCUUGGCCUUUUGGCGUGGCUGGCACCGCUCCUAUAACCGCUGGAUCGUCCGCUACAUCUACAUCCCACUGGGCGGUGGCGGUGGUGGCCGGCGGCCACCCGGGGCACCAAAACCAGCUUCACCUCCUCAGUCCAACUUCAUGGGCAAAUUCCUGCAAAUUCGCAACUUCCUGCUGGUCUUCACAUUCGUCGCCUUAUGGCACGAUAUCAACCUCCGCUUGCUUAUGUGGGGUUGGCUCGUUACUCUCUUCGUUCUCCCAGAGGUUUUGGGCGGCAUGCUUUUCCCCGCCCACCGCUGGCGCUCUCGUCCCAAUACGUAUCGUGUCAUCUGUGGCAUUGGCUCCGUUGGGAACGUCCUUAUGAUGAUGAUCGCAAACUUGGUCGGCUUUGCGUUGGGUCUGGAUGGAUUAAAGGAUCUGCUUGCCGGCCUAACGGGCUCAUACUCUGGCCUGGCGUACAUGGUCUCCUGCUGUGUAGUACUUUUCGUCGGCGUGCAGGUUAUGUUCGAGGUUCGCGAAGACGAGCUUCGCGCGGGCAUUGACUUGAAAUGUUGA